GUGUGCUGUAGGCGGAAGCAGAGAAAAACUUCAUAACGAGCAAGGGCCUCAUUUCACUUUCUGGACAUUUGUCAGUUUUCAAACAGCAGGCAGAAAGUAGAAGAGCUUCUUCCUGCAUGUACAUUAGGACCAUUUGCGUCACCCUGACACUGAUUCACGGCCAGAAUCAACAGGUGGCAACAUGGUCUCUUUAAUUCACACAAUUCGAGAUCAUACAGACGAGAUCAGCUGCUGUGCCUUCUCUCCGUCUGCUCUGGUGACCGGAUCAGCGGAUAAAACUCUGCGGGUGUACAGCACGGCGGACUUUAAGGAGUUGCCCUUCUCUCCUCUGACGGGUCACGGCUACGGGGUUCACCGCUGCUGCUUCAGCUCCUGCGGCAGCUACUUGCUAAGCUGCUCCACGGACGGCUCCAUCAUAGUUUGGAGUUCGGAGACAGGAGAGCGACUCUCGGCGGUGGAGCACCCGGGCCGCAGCCCGCUCCGAGUCUGCGCGUUGGCGCCGGACUCCUGCCUCCUGCUGGCGGGUGCCUGUGAUGGCACCGUGGCCCUCUGGGACUUCCCUUCCAAGACACUACGCAGAUGUGCUGCAGCAAGUGAAGCCAGCAUUGUGGCCUGCAGUUUCUCUCCCUGCUCUCAGGUUUUUGUGACCGGCUGUACCCAUGGAGACCUCAAACUCUGGGAUGAUCACAUCAGCCUUCUGCUUGCUCAGAAAGACGCCCAUGAUUUGGGCGUCACCUGCUGCAGCUUCGCACCUCACUUCAAAAUUGAAGACUCCUGCGUGGAGCUUCGACUGGCCUCCUGUGGACAGGACAGUCUUCUGAAAGUAUGGAUUGUUUCUCAGCGUGAGGGAGCAGUGUGGACCAUGAUUCUUCUUCACAUUCUCACUGGUCAAACGGCUCCAGUUCUAUCCUGUGCUUUCUCUGCUGAUGGAGAGCUGGUGGUCUCUGGAUCGGUGGAUAAAAGUGUAACGAUAUACGAUGCCAACCUGGGAACCCUGCUCCACAUUUUGAAGCAACAUGACAGAUAUGUGACAGCGGUCGCUCUGUCUCCUGCCUUUGGCCUGAUGGCAACCGGCUCAAUGGACAGAUCAGUAAAAGUGUGGAAGAUUGGAGCAGAUGGAUAUGAAGAAAUUGCGGCUGAAUCACAGCAGGUGCCAUGUCAAGGAAGGAAUCUGCCAGGUCACUCCAGGUUGCUGCUUUCUGAUUGGACAGAGGAGGAUGUGCAAAGCUGGCUGCGUGAAGAAGGACUGGAGGAGCUUGUCAUGAUUUUUAAAGCCAACAAUAUUGACGGGUCAGAGGUGAACCACAUGAGCAAGGAGACUGUGGCUGAGCUGGGAAUAGAGUCUGUAGGUCUUCGUGGACGUCUCCUGAGGAAAAUUGAGGCCCUGAAGGCAGAGCAGAGCGGCUCAGAAGCUCCGGAUGAGUUUCUGUGUCCAAUCACCAGAGAGCUGAUGAAGGAUCCAGUCAUAGCUGCAGAUGGGUACUCCUACGAACGAGAAUCUAUCGAGAGCUGGAUCCGAGGCAAGAACAAAACGAGCCCAAUGACCAACCUGCCCCUGCAGACGACUCUGCUGACCCCCAACAGAUCCCUGAAGAUGGCAAUAACCCGCUGGAAGUCCAGUGACUAAACCAGCAGCUCAUUUUAAAUUUUCUAAAAUGCCACAGGUACUUAAACUUUUGUAAUUGCCAGAAAGGUAA